UUCUGAGUGGUAGGUCCUACUUCUUAAUCCUAUCCUGUUGUUUCUGUCUGCCUGACUUACUUUUUCCCUGGCACUAAAUCAUCCAAAUCCAAUGACCUUUACACUGUAUGUGUUUCUGUGUACUCAAACAAACAAAUCUGUGGCAGAUCCUACUUCUUAACGUUCCCUGUCUGUCUUACCUUUUCCCGGCACUAGAUGAUCAUUAAAUUGAUCUUGUGCGUGUACAUAGUACAUGUAUUGUGUCGAUGUGCUCAAACAAAUUUAAAGCAAACAAGAGACAGGGAUCCUUGCUGCUGCCCUUUGCCUUCGCAAGAAUCUGUUUCACUGUCUGCAUGGCAUGGUCCUCUCUACAAAGAAGGGGCAUAAUUAAAAUCAAGUACAUGUAUCGUGUUUCAAGACUCUUAUCCUCCUUUUUAAAAAAGCAACUGAUAGUGAUAGGCCUACUCUUCCAAAUAGAUCUAGAUCUAGUUCACAGUCAAUUCUUUAGACUUUACGGAAAUCCUAUUUUGACAUCUAUGCAUGAUGUUUGUUUUUAAUACAGUAUCUCUUGUCUUUAACUUUAAAUUUGACGUACCCCGCAGAUUACGAAAUUAAUUACUUUUGACCCAGGGACUCGAAAGUGUCGUACGAAUUCUCUCUUUUUAGACUGCCAAAACUGUUGUAAGCUUACUAGUUACUAGCCUAGACAACCGUCGCAGACUUCGCUACUUCGCAUCCGGUCCAUUCGCCAGAGCUGUGAAAAAAAGCGUUCCUCCUGCAAUUUUCUAAACUUUGAUGAUGAAAUGUGAAGUUCUGUUGUCUUUUUAUCAUCACCAUAGUUGUUUUUUCAGUUCCUGAUCAAUUUAGUUCCACGUUGUCUUAAAUAACAUUUGUAUGAAACCGUUUUGAAUAAUGUGCAAUGUUGUAUUUUCGGACAAGAAGUAAGUGACCAGUGGCAGUGGCACUUUCUUGAACAGUCUUCAGACCCCAGUGUGGACUGGUGUGACUGAUUCAGAUGAUUAUCGAGUAGUGCUGAUGAUGAUUUGAAAUACAAUUUAGAUUAGUCUAGAUUUAGACUGUUUAGCAAGUUUUUGUUAGUGUCUACAUUGUUGGAUUUUCCUGUUGCCAACGGGCUAGGCUAGGUAGGCCUUUAACGACUGUGUCUUUCUAAGGCAGGCAGGCUUAGGUUAGGGCUAGGGCUAGAUCUAGGCCUAAUCACUAGAUGAUCUGGGCUAAUGGAAUCCUUUUAAAAACUUUUUUAGAACCUUGUACUUGUACUUCAGGCUUUAGGUUUUAUAUUUUUUAAAAUUCAGGCCUUAGACUUAAUUAGUAGGCCUAGAUCUACUUUCAUUGUCUCUGUACUAAAACUGUCACUGGUGGUGUAUAAGUAUAAGUUGGAGGACAGAACUAAGACCAAGUUUAGAACAAAUGUUUUAGUCUCUAUUUUAUGUUGAAUAUGAACAGAAAAAAGAAGGCAGAGACAAUGUUUUCCUUGGGACAUAUUAAUGACGGAAGUCUGAUGGAAAAAGAACAAUCAUGUUGUGAACCUUUCUGUGCACCAGUUAUAGAUGAAGACAUAAAGCCUGAUGUUUCUCCAGUUGUAAAACGUGAACCUGGGCUUGGUUCUUCUACAUCUAGGCCAAGGUUUCAUUGUACUUGUAGAAGAAAUGGGACCGAAAGUGAUGUAAAAGUUGACAUUGGAAGCGUUGAGACCGUCGUAAAAGAAGAGUUUGGUUCUUACUCUGUGCCCAAUCUUGAAGAAGAAAACGCUUCUUCUGGUGAUAGCGGAAGUUUUGAUGGAAAAAUAAAGCAUAAUUUUGAAGGACCAUGCAAUGCUACUGAUGAGGUCAGACAGACUGUUGAAAACAAAUGUAUUGACAUCAAAAUUAAAGACGAGCCUUUGUUUUUGUUUCCUGAAGAAGACAUAACACCAAAAAUUAAAAUGAGUCCGAAAAGUGCUGAUGUUGUGGAAGACGAACUCCAGUUUCCUGAUCAUAGUCUGGAAUUAAAAUUAGAAAUACAGAAUUAUUAUGUGAAGCAGGAAGUGUUGGAACAGGAGUGUGUAUCCACGUUGGAUCGUUCCAGUGAGGCUGGAGGAAUACAACUGAAAAUCUGUGAUGUGAAGAGUUUGUGUGCGGAGCCGAGUUCAAACCCAGACACUGAUGCUGUUGUGUCCACGGUCAGCGGCUCUACUUCUGAUGAUCCAGCUCUUUUGAAAAUGAAAUACGGCAUCGCAAGCUCUGCUCAAUGGGGCAUUGAGGAUCAAGGUGGGAUUCCUGACAAGCAGGCAACCUCCACACACCCAGCAACACAGCCAUACCUUAUGGGGGAGGAUACUUUUGGGACAGGUCAAAUGAUUGAUCAAAUAGAAAUUGACUGUGUCUUGGAAGAAACCACAUCUUCUUUUAUCCAUGACCCAGACAAGAAAGUCUUUGAUCCCCACAUCAGCAGAGAGUAUGAUAAGGAAAUGUGCAGCAAAAAUGUAGUGAAUGAUAGUUGUCGGCAGAAGCAGACAGGUUACACUUCUGAAGUAACGACGACAAUGGCAAAUACCAAUACUAUGGACGUUUGUUGCGCUCACUCUUCUAGUGUUACAGCACCUCAGCUGCACACAGAGACCCACACUGGCCAAGACAGCGCCACUCCACCUGUUGGACUUGAGUUUGUGACUGGUAGAAGAACUAGAGCUGGAGAAAAACCUUACAAAUACAAAUGUGAGGUUUGUGGUUCAGAGUUUUCACAGAAAGUCCAGUUGAAGGUUCACAAAAGAACACAUACUGGAGAAAAGCCUUACAAUUGUGAAGUUUGUGGUGCAACGUUUUCACGGAUUGGCCACUUACAGAUUCACAAAAGAAGACAUACUGGAGAAAAGCCUUACAAGUGUGAAGUUUGUGGUUUACAGUUUGCACAGAGUGUCCAGUUGAAGAUUCACAAAAGAACACACACUGGAGAAAAGCCUUACAAGUGUGAAGUUUGUGGUUCAAGCUUUUCACGGAAUGACCACUUAAAGGUUCACAAAAGAAGACAUACUGGAGAAAAGCCUUACAAUUGUGACGUUUGUGGUUUAAGGUUUGCACAGCGUGGCAGCUUAAGGAUUCACAAAAGAACACACACAGGAGAAAAGCCUUACAAUUGUGACGUUUGUGGUUUAAGGUUUGGGAAUAGCAGCGCCCUGAACCGACACAAAAGAACACACACUGGAGAAAAACCUUACAAAUGUGAAGUUUGUGGUUCAUCGUUUGGGGAUAGUUGCAUCCUGAAACAACACAAAAAAAUACACACAGGAGAAAAGCCCUACAAGUGUGAAGUUUGCGAUAAGCGGUUUACUCAGCGUGGCAAUUUAAAAAUUCAUGAAAGAACACAUACAGGAAACAAGUGGGAAAUCUGUGGAAUUGUGUUCGUGCCGAUGAGUAAUCAAGAGAACCAUAACACAUAUUCCUCGGGACGUAUUAACCACGACAGUCUUAUGAUGGAAAAAGAACUGUCAUGUUGUGAACUUUUCUGUGUACCGGAUAUAGAUAAAGACAUAAAGCCUGAUGUUUCUCUGGUUGUAAAAAGUCUUAAAAGUGAACCUGGGCUCGGUUCAUCUACAUCUAGGUCUCUUUGUAGCAGUGAUAGGACUGAUAGAGAUGUAAAACCUGACAUUGAGAAUGUGAAGACUGUGGUAAACGAAGAGUGUGGUUCUAAUUCUGUGCUUGAUCUGGGAGAGGAAAAACCAGCUGCUGUUGUUGAUAGUAGAAGUUUUGAUGGAAAAGUAAUGCAUAAUUUUGAAGUACCAAGCAAUGCAACUGAUGAUGUCCGACAGACUGUUGAAAACAAAUGUAUUGACAUUGAAAUUAAAAAUGAGCCUUUGCUUUUGUUUCCCGAAGAAGACAUAAAAACUAAAAUGAGUCCGAAAAGUGCUGAUGAUGUAGAUCUAGAAGACGAACCGCAGUUUCCUGAUCAUAGUCUGGAAUUGAAAUCAGAAAUAGAGAAUUAUUAUGUGAAGCAGGAAGUGUUGGAACAGGAGUGUGGAUCAAUGUUGGAUCGUUCCAGUGAGGCUGGGGGAAUACAACUGCAAAUCUGUGAUGUGAGGAGUUUGUGUGUGGAGCAGAGUUCAAACCCAGACACUGAUGCUGUUGUGUCCACGGUCAGCGGCUCUACUUCUGAUGAUCCAGCUCUUUUGAAGACCGGCAUCGCAAAUGCUCAAUGGGGCAUUGAGGAUCAAGGUGGGAUUCCUGACAAGCGCGCACCCUCCACACACCCAGCGACACAGCCAUACCUUAUGGGGAAGGAUACUUUUGGGACAGGUCAAAUGAUGAUUGAUCAAAUAGAAGUUGACUGUGUCUUGGAAGAAACUACAUCUUUUAUCCAUGACCCAGACAAGAAAGUCUUUCAUCCCCACAUUAGCAGAGAGUAUGAUAAGGACAUAUCAUGCAGCAAAAGUGCAGUAAAUGGUAGUUGUGGCCUGAAGCAGAGAGGUUGCACUUCUGAAAUAACGACGACAGUGGCAAAUAAUACCAAUGUUAUGGACCUUUCUUGCGCUCCUUCUUCUAGUGUUACAGCUCCUCAGCUGCCCACAGAGACCCAUACUGGACUAGACAGCGCCACUCCACCUGUUGGACUCAAGUUUAUGACUUUUAGAAGAACUAGAGCUGGAGAAAAACCGUACAAAUGUGAAGUUUAUGUUUUACGGUUUGGAAAUAGAGGCCAGCUAAAUUCUCACAAGAGAACACACACAGGAGAAAAGCCUUACAAAUGUGAAGUUUGUGCUGCAGCAUUUGCAAGAAGUUCCGGCCUGAAACAACACAAAAGAAGACAUACUGGAGAAAAGCCUUACAAGUGUGAAGUUUGUGAUUUACAAUUUGCACAGUGUGGCAGCUUAAAGAUUCACAAAAGAACACACACAGGAGAAAAGCCUUACAAGUGUGAAGUUUGUGAUUUACAAUUUGCACAGUGUGGCAGCUUAAAGAGCCACAAAAGAACACACACAGGAGAAAAGCCUUACAAGUGUGAAGUUUGUGGUUUAAGGUUUGGGAAUGGUAGCGCCCUGAACCGACACAAAAAAACGCACACUGGAGAAAAACCUUACAUGUGCGACGUUUGUGCUGCAGCAUUUGCAAGUAGUUCCGGCCUGAAACAACACAAAAGAAGACAUACUGGAGAAAAGCCUUACAUAUGUGAAGUUUGUGGUUUAGGGUUUGCAUGUAGUAGCGGCCUAUGGAAUCACCAAAAAGUACACACCGGAGAAAAGCCUCACAAAUGUGAAGUUUGUGGUUCAGGGUUUGCCUUUCGUAAUGACCUGAAACGACACCAAAGAAAACACACUGGAGAAAAACCUUACAAGUGUGAAGUUUGUGGUUUGUUAUAUGCCGACAGGAAAGGGCUAAAGAUUCACAAAAGAACACAUUCAGGAGAAAAGCCCUACAAAUGUAAAGUUUGCGAUAAAGGGUUUGCACACAAUAAGACUUUAAAACAUCAUGAAAAAACACACACAUGAAACACGCAUUAUAAGUGUGAUGAAGUCUGUGGAAGUGUGUUCGUGCAGAUAAGUAAUCUAGAGGACCAUAAAAGAACACACAUAGUAAGGACAGGAGAAAACCCGUACAAGUGUGAAAUCUGUGGAAUUGUGUUCUUGCAUGUGAGUAGUGUAAAAAUUCACCCAAAAAUG